AAAUUAUAACAACAAAAAGAUCUCACGACAUAGUAUGACCAAUCACAGAAUGUCAAAUUCCGAAGAACAUCCCUCUGCAGCAAAACGUAAAAGGGUAUUGGCUGCUGUGGCUCAGGACAUUGUUACCAGUGAUGAUGACGAUCAUGUUGCCGAUGGCACGGAUAUUUGUAAUAUAAUGGAAAAUCAUAUUCAGCAUCAAAGACAGUCGACAACAACCUCCAGCGCCUUGCAUGCACUAGGCGAAACCAUAAGAAAUACAUUAUUGGAAAUCAAUGAAAUACGUGAGCAAAAUCGUGAACGACGCCAUAAGGAAUUGCUACAAGUUCUUACAAAAAUGACACAACAGGGAAGUCCAACUAAAAUUUCUAGUAACCCGGAUUUAUUGGAUAAGGAACAUAACACAGUGCCAAUUGCAAUGGAUAGAUCCAAUGAAAAUAAUUCUACUACCACAGACUUAAAUCAAUUGUUAAUCGCACAAAGGCCUCUAGAUAAAGUCAUGCCAGUUGAAAAAGCUCCUACAAAAUAUAUAAAGUUAUUACCUAAACCGCAAGCAACAAAUCUUAAUACACAGUCGCUGUCUAAAACUGAUGUUAUUCCCCUUAAAAAGGAUAGUACUAAGGAGGAACUACAAAAUAUGCGCGCUAAAAUGUUAGAGUUACAGCGUAAAAAAAUGGAAGAUCGUGAGCGAAAAAAACGAGAAUUUUUACAAAUGCAAAAUAUUUAAGAAUUAUUUUAUUUGUUUUAAUUAAAUAAAGCAAUCGUUUUGGUUUAGUUAAUA